CGAGAACUCUCGGGUCCCGGUUUCCGCGUCAGUCUCGCCCGCGCCAUCCGGACCAGGCGGGACUCGUACGCUCACUGCUGGGCUUUCCGACCCGCGUCCUCCGCCCGAGGCUCGCUCCGCCGCGCGGCACCGCAUCCUCCUCCACGCCGCGGCCCCCGGGAGUGGUCCGCGCCCGAGGCCCCGCCCCCGGCGCAGCCCGAGUCCCCCGAGCCAGCUCCGUGUACCGGCGUCGCCGGGUUCCCUCUCGCCGCUCCCGCUCCUCGCUCAGCCUCCGGCGCUCCCUCCCUCCCUCCUCCAUGGCGUCGCUCCUGUGCUGUGGGCCCAAGCUGGCCGCCUGUGGCAUCGUCCUCAGCGCCUGGGGGGUGAUCAUGUUGAUAAUGCUCGGGAUAUUUUUCAAUGUUCAUUCUGCUGUGUUAAUUGAGGACGUCCCCUUCACAGAGAAAGACUUUGAGGGGAACGGCCCUCAGAACAUAUACAGCCUGUACGACCAGGUCAGCUACAACUGUUUCAUCGCCGCGGGCCUCUACCUCCUCCUGGGAGGCUUCUCCUUCUGCCAAGUACGACUAAAUAAGCGCAAGGAAUACAUGGUGCGCUAGGCCGCACCCUGGCUUUCCCUCCCCACGCCCCUCCUCUAUUUAAAGACUCCUGCGCCCACCCGGCGUCCUUUGGAGCCGAGUCCCCCCGGCCCUGCAAUCUCGGCUGUCCAGCCCCUGGAGGGCACCGGCGCCGAGCGCGCCCGCCCUGCCCCGAGCUACAAUAAAGAGAAGCGGUUCUCCUAA